UGUUGUUUUUUUGCUCGAUAUUGCAAGAAACUCUCAUUUCUUUCAAAUCAUCCUGUUCGUUGAUACUUCUUACGCUUGAGAGGAAGGAAAAAAUAAUUUUGUAAAGACAAAAGGAAGAGAACUGUGCAUCAAAAUAAAUGAAUAUGUGUUUGGCUUUCUUGUAUUAAAUAUUAUUAAGAAAACUGCUUACAAAGAACGAUCUGGUGAUAACAAUGGUCUAAUCAUUAUAAAACCAUGAGCAGUUCAGAGAACACAGACAAUCAAACCCCCCAAGCCUUGGAAAAAGAACCUACAGAAAACCCAGAGAUCCUUUCUGUGCAGCAGAAACAUGAUGUCUCAACGCCUGAAGCUAAGAGCGAUGACUCCAUUGGGAGUGAAGCACCAUCAAGGGAACCUGAAUUUGAGAUGCUAAAUCCUGGUGAUUUAGAUGAAGGGGAAUCUGCACCUUUAACAAAAUCUGGUGCCAGUAGUCUUGGUAGCUUCACAGAGGUUGAAUCUCUGCCUCUAUCCCCGGGAGUUGAAAUGACAACAGAACAUUCAGACUUGAAAAAGCUUCUUCAUGAAGCUGGUCGAGAGAGUGGAGAGAGUUCAAAUGAAACAGAUGAACACACAACCCCCCCUGAUAUUGAAAACAAUAAAGAGCCACAUGAAGAAAGAUCUGAGGAUACCUUGGAGGAAACUUCAAGUAAACUUCAGUUCAAGGAAACUUCAUUUAUUAAGACGGAAACAAAAACAGAAAAAGAGAUAUUGACUUCAAAGCAUGCUACAAAAUCUGAGAAUGAUUCAGAAGCUAAUACUGGACAGGCUGAAAAGCCUAAACAAAACAAAUCAGGUGCUAAAGGGUCAAACAAAACAGAAGGGAAACAAUGGGAAAAGAGACAUAGUCAUGAGUUAUCAGAUCUUUCACAAGUUUCAGAUGAAAGCAAUGUCACAUUAUUUAGCAGUAUAACCUAUCUUGGUUCAUCCACUGUCAACGCACCAGUCAGUGAUGUUGAGUUGAAGCGCACUAUGUCAGUACUUAAACAGCAAAGUAGAGUCACAAUUGAUAUUGUGCUAUCUGUUGGAGCAUCCUUCAAUAGAGCGGUUAAGCUUCUUGACCCUCAUAGUAAAACAGUAAUUGCAACAUACCAGCUGCAGAAGAUCCUGUUCUGUGGUCGUGGUGAUGAUGAUGGCAAUGAAGCUGACUGCUUUGCAUUUAAUACCUGUCAUGGAAGCGCGGAUAUUUUUCAUUGCCAUGCUUUUCGCUGCCUUGAAAACGGUGUGGCAGCGAAAAUUUUGACAAGAUUUGCACAGUCAUUCAGAAAUAAACAAAAGUUGCAAACCGAUUCUGGUCUUGUCUACAAGUUUGAUCUGGUCUUUGAUAUAUUGGAAGAUGAUGGAAAAGGAGCUUAUGCUUCAGUUCCCAGGGACAAAACUUGCUUCAAGCUAAAACGUGAUGUUCAUAAACAGAUCAAUAUACAACUGCAUCAACUGUCAAAUAGAUUGCUUAUCUUAGAAAGGUGCUUUGGUCUUUUGAUUUGUCCGGGUCGAAAUGUCACACAAUCUGACAUGAAUUUAUUGGAAAAGGUAACCAUGGAAAAUUUGGACAAUGGACGAACAUACGUCAUUACGGGAAACUGGGACCCAGAGAGAGAGGAUACAUUGGUGUUGAAUACCGAGACUAAAAAAGAUUUUAUAGUUUACAUGACAGUCGCAGUCGACUUCGUGGUAUCUGGCAUCAGUGAACCAGUACGUUUUAUCAAAGAGGUUGGAGUAAAAGUUUAUCCUUACAAUGAAAGAUUCUGGAAUCCUAGUCGUCCAAAGAUCAAGGAACAGUAUACACUCGAGUUGAAAUUGGCAAAAGAUGAAAAGGAGAAUGAGAAAUCGUACGAAGUAUUGAGUCUUCAAUGUUCCACCCAGCAAGAAUUUAAAGAAAUAUUAACAUCACAUACUGACAAAAUUGAAGAUGAUGAUGUGGAAGAAGAUGAAGAUGAUGAACCAUUGAUGUCUGGAUCUGGUGAUGUGACACGUGAAUGUUCCGAAGAACAACUCGAUAAUUGGUCUGUGAUUAUGAUCAAGUGGAAAGAUGUUAAAUCUCGUCCAAAACAAGUGAAAUCAUUGAUACGUAAACAGGGUGUCCCAGAACCAUUGAGAGCGAAAGUCUGGCAGAUGCUGGUUGGCUUGGAGGAUACAAAUUAUUUAGUUGAAAGUUACAAAGAUCUUAUUAGAAGGGAAUCUCCAAAUGAGCAAGUGAUACAAUGGGAUAUCCAUCGAACAUUUCCUGGACACGACUAUUUCAGAACCAGCGGAGAAGGACAAGAGAAUCUUCAAAAGAUUUGUCGGGCAUACUCAGUGUACGAUGAUGAAGUUGGUUAUUGUCAAGGAAUGUCGUUUCUUGCCGCAGUGCUCUUGCUACAUCUCCCUGAGGAACAAGCGUUUGCCGUUUUCGUGAAGAUCAUGUACGAUUUCAGUCAUAGAGAUUUGUUUCUAAAUGGAUUUGAAAAGUUGAACGAGAGAUUUUUUGUGUUGGAAAGAAUCACGGAGGAGUUUCUACCAGAUCUUCACAGUCAUUUUCUUGAAAACAAUGUUGAACCUCACAUGUUCUGCUCCCAGUGGUUCUUGACGUUGUUCACCGCGAAAUUUCCGUUGCCUUUAGUCUACCGGAUUAUGGAUCUAUAUCUUAGCGAGGGUAAACACACUAUUUACCAAAUCGCCACAGCACUGUUAAAGGUUGCUAAGAAAGACCUGUUACAACUCAGUUUCGAAGGAAUGUUGAAAUAUUUCCGUGUUUCUCUACCAAGACGAUUUAUCAGCGAGGAAGAGCAAAAUAACUUCAUGAACGUGAUUCUCUCCUACAAAGCUGUUGUAAGAAAAUUGAAGAGAUAUGAAGACUUGUAUGAACUAAAGAAAGAGAGGGAAAAAGAAAACGAGGACCCAGUCCUACGAUUACAACGUGAAAACCGGCAGUUAAUGUUGGCAAACAUCAGAAUUGAACAGGAAAACGAUGCACUUGCCUAUGAACUGGUCACGACCAAGGUUUCAUUACGAGCAAAACUUGACGAGGCUGAAGAGCACGCCGAGGAUUAUUUACGAGAAUUAGAAAUCCUGCAAAAGAAAGUUCCAGAACUACAAGAUGAAAAUUUGAAGUUUCGCGCCGACGGAAAUCAUGUUAAAGAAUUAUUACGUAAGAAAGUUGAGGAAAGUGAAGAAAUGAGACGACGUUAUGAAUCUCUCAUUGAAGAAUAUAAAAAGAUUUGCUCGCAACUUGACGAACGGAGUGAAGAACUCAAAUCAAAUUUGGAAAAAGAGUUGCGUGAAAUUAAAAAAAGGAUCGGUUCGUGUACGAACUGUUCACGACUGUUCACGGGUGAUGGCGAAGAAUUGCCCGGUAACACAUUCAAACCCAGUGUAAAAAUUGAGGAUGCGGACCAACGUAUGAAAGAACUCGAGCUAGAAUUAGCUCAAACUAAACUGUCGUUGGUCGAAGCUGAAUGUAAUGUCCAGGACUUAGAACAUCGUUUGUCCAGUUAUAUGUCGGCAGUGGCUGCCGAGGAAAGUAAGCCUUGGUUUAGGAGGUCCAAGUUAGGAACGCCAGCGAAAAAAUGACGUAUGUUGUUAUAUAGGGUGAUUGUACGAUAAGCAUAGUUAGCAGUAUAGAUAGAUGUGUCUAUUUUAGAAUAUAUGGGUGAUUGUGGAAUAUUUUUUCUGAUUGUGGGAUAUACGAGUUUAUUGUAGGCGUUAAUUGAUGAUACAAUAAUAAGAUUUCAUAUUAGGUACAGGAGCUAUCAAAUGAUAUUAUGAUUUCUAAUCACUGUCUGUAUAGAUAGGUAUAGAUAAGGUUAUCGUUGCAUUUCUCUUCCGGACCCGGUCGUGUGAAGGCUUGGUAGCCACCGAUAGUAAUUUUUAACUGUUACAGAAUGUUGAAGAAGUUAUAAAAAUUAUAUACAGAAAUGAAGGAAACAGAAAAAUACAAAUUUAAGAAUACCGAAGUUUAACGGUUUUACCAUGCAAAUUUUGGACUAUUUUGACUAUAGCAAAUUAAAAAACAUUAUCCGGUGAAUGUCGCUAUCCUGCUUUCGUUCGUACCACUGGUCCCUGUUCCCUGUCUGUUGUGAAGAGUAUAUAGUUGGUAUUUCACCGAUCAAAUGAACAUCUUCAAAGACUAUCGGUUGGCCUCAAAAUUUAGGCGUUUGCAUUAAUUGCAUGUAAGUAGCUAAAAAACUAUAAAAGCUACCUCCUCAGGUAAAGUGUACCUAAUUCAUAAAAAGUUGAAUAUACCACGUUAACUUACGACGUGCAAUAAUAGC